UUCUAAGGUACGAGAAUUCAGAAUCAAUGGGACAAGGUAAAGAAGUUAAAACGCGACCAGAUCCUCAAGUUGAGAUUCAGGAAAGAGGAGAAAUAUUCUUCUUUUAUAGGCCAAAGGUUAACAAAGAAGAAGCUCACAGUGUGGACGAUGUUCAAAGGUUAUACAUAGUGAUGCGUCCUGAGUCCGGUGAGAAUCCCACCGAGGAGAAACAAGACCCUCUUUCAGGUAAAGAAGGUUCUGAUAAAGAUUCCGGAGACGCGACUACUAGCGCUUCCGGCGCCAAGAACCAAGGUGGUGAAGGAGGACACGGCGUCGAGGUCGAGAAAGUGAACAUCGAGAAACAGCUUCUGCUACGAUUCAUUGUGAUGGGUAAGAAAAGUCUACCUGAUCCGAGCAAGAAGUCGCAACCUUUUUGGGGAUUCGUGGAGAUGGUGACCACAAAUGUUGAAGAUGUUAAAACUGCUCUCAAAGGAGAGGAGUAUGAGACGAAGACUCGAGGACAUAGACACAAACCGCCGGCGAGAGCUGUCGGAGAAGGAAUCUAUCGAAUUCUUCGACAUAAGCCUAGUCCAACACGAAAACACCAUACACAUCUUGUCUACAAGCUCGAGUUCCCGUCUGAGUCCCAGAACAGAGCACAGGAGCCACAAGAGUCAAUGAACAUUGAACCCGAAGGAUCCUUCUUGAUCCAAAUACGAAAUCCAGAGCAAGGAGGAGGAGGAGGAAGGUCAGGGUUUGGUGGGCUGCAGAGAAAGAGAAGGGCACACUUUCCGGCACAUCUCCAAGCCCAUUUAGGUCAUACCCGGUUUGGGGCAGCGGACCCGCCCGAUUUCCUGAAUUACGAAGGAUGCGAGUUGUUGCUGAUCUCGGCGUCCGACGAUAUAGAGGAAGAGUUAGGGAUGGAGUUGGAGCCUGAGGGUGACGGUGAUAUAUCGACGUGCGAUCUUUUGAAGACUUUUGGGGACGAUGUUGAAGCCAUUCCCCUGCUUCGCGGUACAUGGGAGUAAUGGUGGGAUGCUCACUAAUCAGUAAUAUAACUUAUCAAUAACUAGUAUUAUUUAGAUGAUAAGCUACUAGCUAGUGUAGUGUUUUAAAGACGAGGCAGGACGGCUUUAGGUGGUUUUAAAGUGUCUUUCUUGGGUAAAAUGGUGAUGUACUGAUGUGUCUGACAGUGUCUCUCGGGGUCAAGUUUGGUGUUAUCUAUAACCUGUUUGAAAACAUGACUCUAAAUUUUGGUUUAAGAUAUCAAAUGUCACUGAGAA